GGGCUCGAUUGUGACACGUAGCGGAAGUGGAGCCAUUGCUGUGUGUCGUGGCUGUAAGCGGAGUGUGUCCACUUGUUUCUCCGGUGUUUCCUCAUUGACCCCCGUUGGACUGAACUGCGUUCGUCUGCACUCGCAGAAGAAAUUCCACGGCCUGGAUAUGUCCUUCAUAUUUGAUUGGAUUUAUAGUGGUUUCAGUAGUGUUUUACAGUUCUUAGGGCUGUAUAAGAAGUCUGGAAAAUUAGUAUUUCUUGGCCUGGACAAUGCUGGCAAGACGACGCUUCUCCAUAUGCUCAAAGAUGACAGACUGGGUCAACAUGUGCCAACUUUACACCCUACUUCAGAAGAGCUGACGAUCGCUGGCAUGACCUUCACCACUUUCGAUCUGGGUGGCCACGCUCAGGCUCGACGGGUGUGGAAGAACUACCUCCCUGCCAUCAACGGCAUCGUCUUCCUGGUGGACUGUAUCGAUCACGGCAGACUGGCAGAGUCCAAAACAGAGCUCGACGCACUAAUGACAGACGAGACCAUCGGGAACGUGCCCAUCCUCAUCCUGGGAAAUAAGAUUGACAAACCCGAGGCCAUCAGUGAGGAGAAGCUGCGGGAGAUCUUCGGGCUGUACGGUCAGACGACAGGAAAGGGUAAUAUUCCUCUGAAGGAGCUGAACACGAGGCCUCUGGAGGUGUUCAUGUGCAGUGUGUUGAAGAGACAGGGCUACGGCGAGGGCUUCCGCUGGCUGUCUCAGUACAUCGACUAAACUCGCACACACACACACACGUCCAGCAGAGAGCGCUCCGUCAUCCCACAGACUGUUAAUCUUCAGUUCAUCACUGUGUUCUCACACACACACACCGUUCUCCACCAAACACACACAGCUCAUUCUGCUCCAGCACUCUCGCUGUCAUUCAGCCUUCUGUUCCUCAUUCAGUGACUCUCUCUCUCUCUCUCUCUCUGUGUGUGUGUGUGUAAACAGCUGACACACCAGUCACGUUCGCCAAACAGGAAGUGCUUUAGCUCACUUCCUGUCCACUGUGGCCACAGUCCUCGGGCUUGAAGAUGAAGUUGUGACUGUGUAUGUGCAGUCCGCUGAUGUGGCCGUCCUCACACACACACACACACACGCACACACACCUGUCUUUCCUCGGUUUUCUUUUAAUUUCCAAAAAAAAGAUAAAACAAAACAAAAACGAACUGUACUCCAAUGCUCGCUCCGACCUGCUGUAAACACACACACACACACACACACACACACACACACACACACACACACACACACACACACACACUACUCUUUCUUUUUUAAAUAUGAGGUGGAAUUUAAGAUUUAAGGCACUGCAAUAAACCUCAGUGUAUGAUAGAUGAAGAAACAGAUCAUUCCUGACCACAAGUGUCUACAGAGGGGAGACACUGAUGAAUAACAUGAUCAUCUAGUGGCUGAACACACACACACACACUGAACUGCUAAUGGUGAAUAGCAUCAUUCAGUGGACACACACACACAGAUGUGCAACAGAGCUGGCGUUGAGCAGAACUCCAGCAGGACAGCUGGUAAACUCUGACCGAGUGUAAUUUAGAGAGAUGUCAGAUGUGAUCUUUAAAGCUGUCCUCCAAUAGCUCCUCAUUUGAAUAAUAUGGAUUAAACACAUUAUGCAUGCCUUGUUCCAUGAUUAUCAUUAUAUGAUUAAUUUUAUUAGUUUUUUUGGCAUCUUUUUUUAAAAUAAACACAAAUAACCUAGUGUAAAGUCAUCAGAGCGGGAUGAGAGUCUUCAGCUCUAUAAAUCUAUAUAAAUCAGUAUGGAGCAGCGGUGGAAUGGCACACACACACACACACACACACAUCAGUGCUUUUAUUUUCUGGACUGUCCCUCCAUGUACUCUUGUCAUUCCAGCUGUUCCAUUGAGGAGAGAUGCAGGUGUUUCCAUCAGGAAUUGUAAUAAAUGUUUGCAAUGAAA